AUGCCUCGUACAGAGCUCGAAUACCCCAAAGAGCCAUACGGCACAGUGAAACGGUACAGCCCGCGUGGUACGCCGUCUCUUCUUCGCUCCCCCUUCCCCAACAUCCUCCCUAUGCUCGGCCAAAUGGGCUCCUUCGCCCGCCCCUCAGCCGACGAAGGCGACGUCCUCGACCUAUACCUCCACGGCUACGUCUCCUCGCGCGUAAUGAAUACAAGCCGGCAGGCGCCCGGUUCCGCCUCCGAUGCUCCGCCAGGACUCCCCAUCUGCGUAGCAGCAUCCCACCUGGACGGCCUAGUCCUGGCCCUCACCCCAAACUCCCACAGCUAUAACUACCGUUCCGCCAUACUCUUCGGCCACGCCACCGUCGUAGAGGACAUCAACGAGCGCCUGUACGCGAUGGAGCUCAUCACCAACGGCGUCGUGCCGGGCCGUUGGGCGCAUAGCCGCGUCCCGCCCAACAGGGCCGAGAUGUCGUCCACGAGCGUGCUCAAAGUCACGAUCGCGACAGGGAGCGCAAAGAUCCGGGAGGGCCCGCCAGGCGACGAGAGGCACGAUAAAGAGGAUGGGGAGGUCACGGGGAGGGUUUGGACGGGGGUUGUGCCGGUAUUUCAGGUUCUUGGGGAGCCGAUUGCCGGGCCGUAUAAUGAGGUUGGCGAGGUGCCGGGGUAUUUGGAGGGGUAUGUGCGAGAUUCGAAUGCGUCUACGAAGCAGUUGGCUGUUGAGGUGGCUACAAAGGUAGUUGCUAAAAAGAACAGCGAGAAUGAGUGA